AUGUCGCAGCAACGUAUCCUGGUGCUUAGCUACACCAACCAUGCGCUCAACCAGUACUUGGAAGAUUUAAUGAACGCAGGAAUUCCACCGGACAGCAUGACACGGCUUGGCUCGCGAACCAAAUGCACGGACGCUAUUCUCCCUCUUCUCUUAUCUCAAGCCUCGAGAGGAACAAAACUCAGCCACAACUCCUGGACCAACAUUAACAGACUCAAGCACGAGGCAAGCGAGCUAGCUGAACAUAUCCAAGAUAUUUUCAAGGAAUACAACAACAUCUCCGGGUGUUGGAAAAGCAUAUCCGAAUUCCUUGAAUUUUCCUCGGAAGGAAAUGAUUUUUACGAGGGUUUGCAGACGCCUGUGGACUCAGGUGACUGGAAACAAAUCGGCCAAAAGGGCAAAGAAAUUGGCCCCAGCUAUCUCUUCGACCGUUGGAUUAAAGGUAAAGAUGCCGGCGUAUUCAAGUCUGCAGUCCAACCGGGGUCGCAUAUCUGGGAAAUGUCCAAGGCAGUUCGUUGGCGUCAUCGAGACCAAUGGGUUGGUGCUAUACUCAGUGAGACCGUCGACAGAUUCGCCGACCUUGUCAGUCAGUUCGACCGUAAGGUGGGCGAAAUCGACACCUACUUUCGAGAAGGCGACGUGAGGGCCGUACAGCAAAAGCGAGUCAUGGCGCUGACAACCACGGGAGCCGCGAAACACACCUCUCUUUUGAAAGCAUUCAAGCCAGAUAUUGUUAUUGCUGAAGAGGCUGGGGAGAUCUUGGAAAGCCACAUUCUCACCGCAAUGACCUCAACGGUGCGACAGUUGAUCCUCAUCGGGGACCACAAGCAACUGCGCCCCAAAGUAAACAACUAUGGCCUCUCGGUAGAGGCAGGUAAUGGAUUUGAUCUCAACAGAUCACUCUUCGAAAGACUCAUUCUUCGGGGAAUGCCUCACACUGUCCUUCGCAAGCAGCACCGGAUGGCUCCCGAAUUAUCAUGCUAUGCCCGAGGCUUGACGUAUCCGGAGCUACUUGAUGCACCAAAGACCCAUGACCGGGAGAAAGUCCGUGGUCUUCGCGGCCGCGUUGUUUUCGUUCACCAUGAAACUCAGGAGGGCGGCGAUGUUCUUUCGGAACGUCGAGAUCCAUGCUCUAAGGGCAGCAAGAGGAACGACUUUGAGGCCGAAAUGGUGAUGCGUUGUGUCAAGUACAUGGGCCAACAGGGUUAUUCUACAUCGCAACUAGUCAUCCUGACGCCGUACCUGGGACAACUUCGCGCUCUGUCGGAGGUGUUGCGGAAGAAUAAGCACGACCCGCAGAUGAGCGAGCUGGACAGGUUCGAACUACUUCGGGCUGGGCUCAUGACACAUGCGGAGACCAACAUCGACAAAGAGCCUGUUCGAAUAUCCACUAUAGACAACUAUCAAGGAGAAGAAAGCGACAUCGUUAUCGCAUCCUUGACAAGAAGCAACCCCCACGGUGACAUUGGCUUUAUGGCCGCCCCAGAACGACUCAACGUGCUCAUCACUCGAGCUCGUCAUGAGACCGCCAAGGGAGACUGGGAGCGAAUGAAGGCACUUGAAGGCGCACAGAGCACUCCGCUGGAUACUCUCAUGAGCAUGAUUGGUCUGGAAGACGUUAAGAAGGAGUUCCUUGCUAUUAAAACCAAGGUAGACACGUCUCUUCGCCAGGGUGUCCCGCUUACGUCCGAGCGAUUCAGCUGCACCCUACUUGGUAACCCGGGGACAGGCAAAACCACGGUGGCUCGCUUGUACGCCUCAUUUCUCACAAGCAUUGGAGUGAUACCAGGCGCAAGUUUCCACGAAACGACUGGCUCCUCACUCGCUAAUAAGGGCAUAUCUGGUUGCCGAAACUUACUAGACACAAUCCUUGAGGACGGUGGCGGCGUGCUUUUCAUUGACGAAGCUUACCAGCUGACCUCUGGUAACAAUCCAGGAGGUUCUGGUGUGCUUGAUUUUCUUCUCGCAGAAGUCGAGAACAACCGCGGGAAGAUCGUCUUCGUGCUGGCUGGAUACUCCCGUGAGAUGGAAGGCUUUUUCUCACACAAUCCUGGCAUACCCAGUAGAUUCCCUACUGAGAUCCGCUUUGCCGACUAUACCGAUGAUGAGCUGCUGAGUAUUUUCAACAAGGCCAUCCACCAACGAUUUGGGGGUCGGAUGACCUGCGAGGGCGGUCAUCGAGGGCUGUACUGCCGCACCGUAGCUCGUCGCAUCGGCUACGGGAGGGGCAGGGAAGGGUUUGGGAAUGCACGAGCCGUUGAGAAUAUCGUCAACAUCGUUCAUAAGCGGCAGGGAAGUCGUCUUCGCCGCGGAAGGUCGUCAGGAGAGCACCCAAAUGACUUUAUCCUCACCAAAGAAGACCUCAUAGGCCCGGCGCCAACUGACGUACUCGCCAAUUGCAAGGCGUGGGAGAAGCUGCAGGGUCUCUUGGGUCUCCAAGCCGUGAAGGAAGCAGUUCAGUCACUAAUGGACAGCAUUCGAGAAAACUACCAGCGGGAGUUGGAAGAGAAGCCGCGAAUUGACUUCUCUUUGAACAAGGUGUUCGUUGGAAGUCCCGGUACAGGAAAAACGACAGUGGCAAAGCUUUACGGAGAAAUCCUGGCUGCUCUGGGAUUGCUCUCGAAGGGCGAGGUUGUGGUAAGGAAUCCGGCAGAUUUUAUAGGAAGCGCGCUGGGUCAGUCAGAGCAGCAGACCAAGGGCAUCCUCGCAGCCACAGUUGGCAAAGUUCUCGUUAUUGACGAAGCGUACGGCUUGUACGGUGGCUCGCAAGGUGGAACCACAGACCCGUACAAGACCGCUGUCAUUGACACCAUCGUUGCAGAAGUGCAGAGUGUGCCUGGUGAUGAUCGCUGCGUCCUUUUGCUUGGAUAUAGAGAUCAGUUGGAGACCAUGUUUCAGAGCGUCAACCCCGGUCUGAGUAGGAGGUUCCCGUUGGCCAUGGCCUUCACUUUCGACGAUUUCUCAAGUGAGGAGCUGGGCCAGAUCUUGGACAUGAAGCUCAAGGACCAAGGAUACCGCGUUACUGGGCAGGCUCGUAGCGUCGCCAUGGAUAUUUUGAGGCGAGCGCGGAACCGACCCAACUUUGGCAACGCAGGUGAAGUCGACAUUAUCCUCAGUGAGGCGAAGCAACGGAGCCAAGCGCGGCGUUCUACCACUCAAUCUGGGUCCGUGGACUUGCUCGAGGCAGUGGAUUUUGACGAAGACUUCGACAGGGUGGAGCAAUCAGAGACAAAUAUCCGGAAGCUCUUCGACAGCACCAUCGGUUGCGGUGCUCUAGUGGAUCGUCUUAUUGGCUACCAGUCCACGGCCAAAUCCGUCAAAGCGCUUGGCCUGGACCCCAAGAAUAGCAUACCGUUCAACUUCCUAUUCCGCGGUCCACCUGGUACUGGCAAAACCACGACCGCCAGAAAGAUGGGCAAGGUGUUCUACGACAUGGGAUUUCUGGCAACAGCCGAGGUAAACGAAUGCUCAGCCACAGAGCUCGUAGGCCAAUACGUUGGCCAGACAGGUCCUAAAGUACAACAGGUACUGGAUCGUGCCUUGGGCCGCGUGCUCUUCGUGGACGAGGCUUAUCGCCUCGGCGACGGCACAUUUAGUCGUGAGGCGGUCGACGAGUUGGUCACUUGCCUGACCAAAGACCGGUAUCACAAGAAGCUGAUUGUCAUUCUCGCCGGAUACGACGACGAGGUCAACCGGCUGAUGGCCAUCAACCCAGGCCUUUCAUCCCGCUUCCCUGAGGCCGUCGACUUUCGUGCCUUAUCAGCUGCGGAGUGUAUCCAGCUUCUUCAAGUGGCGCUUUCUAGGCAGCAAGAUCAGCUGAAGAAGAAUGGGGUGAAACUUGAGCUUGCUGUAUUGACCCGCCCCACCGUCGAAUAUGUGUCGAAGAUGAUGAACCUUUUCAGCAGGCUAAUCUCACAGGGGAGCUGGGCCAACGCGCGAGAUGUAAUGACGCUUGCGGAAGGAAUAUUCAAUCGAGUGGUCAAGUGGAAUGCUGGCACGAAUAUGCAUUCGCUCGUGCUUAAAGAGGCUAUGGUCACCGACGAGCUCUGUGCCAUGCACGAGGAGCGUCAGAGUCGGGCGUCGAGUACACGGGGUCCGGAACUGAUACGCCCUGAAACAAUGCUGGUUGGCCAGUCACCCAUCACUUACAACCGAUCACAAUUAACGACAACGUCAAGUUUUGCGGCAGCAAUGCGACCACACAAGGAAGAGGAGCACCUGGAGAAUUCGACCAGCAUCUAUGAGAAUCACCCCGGGUCAGUGACGCAGUAUGGGACCAGCUCGAACGCGAUAAAGCUGCUGAGGCUGCCAAAGAAGAACGUUUCCAACGCCUGCAAAGCGCCGCUCGUGACGCCAGAGACGCAGCCCGGGAUCUCAUACUAA